GGAUUCAGUUGACACAGUGCACAUGUCGGACUUCCGUGAAGCAUUGAAAACGAUCCAGCCGUCCUCUGUUCGAAGUGGAGUUGGGCUGGCAGACUUCAGGCCUGUCGCCUGGGAUCAAAUUGGUGGCCUUGAAGAUGUGAAACUCAAGUUAAAACAGGUAGCGUUACAGAGACGAAUUUCAAGGGUGGCUAUACUUUCACAGGUCUUGGAUUCUGCAAUUAUUACUUUAUUUAUCACAUUUCCAGCUCUCUCCCCUCAUGGAGCUUGGGGAGAUGUUUAUAGCACUACUGAUGUAGAGACAAAAUAACAUGUAAGAUUGUAGCCAGAUUUAGAUGACCGCUUAAAACAGGAAUCAGGAAACAGUGGCCCUCCAAGAGGUUGCUCAAUCCUGACCAUUGUUGAUACUGGUAGGGGCUGGUGGGAGUUUGAAUCUACCAGUAUCCAGAGGUUCCUUGUGCUUAUUUAGAGGGUUCAAAAUGCUUUGUUAGUUUUGUGAGAAUUAUUCCUCUACAAUGACAGAGGAAAUGGGGCAGAGGGGAACUUUCCUUUGCAAGCUGGUUUACUGCCUUCAGACCAUAACCUUGGACCAGACUAGAAAUGUCAGAAGGAGCAACUAUUAUUAUUAUUAUUAUUAUUAUUAUUAUUAAUUAAUUUUUUGUAUAUUGUCCUAUACGCACAGGUCUAAGGGUGGUUACAACAUAAAACUGCAAUAUAAAAACACAAAAUGCGUAAUAAAAACAAAAACAACCCAAUUAACACCCCUCAACACAUUUUAAAAGGGCAUCGGAUAUCAAUCAGCCAAAGGCCUGGUUAAAGAGGAACGUUUUUACCUGGCGCCUAAAGGUGUAUAAUGAAGGCACCAGGCAAACUUCGCUGGGGAGAGCAUUCCACAGACGGGAAGCCACUGCAGAGAAGGCCCCUACGCUCAGUGCAGUUGAGUGUAGAAUGCAGAGAAAGUUGUCAGCUCAAAGUCUUAAAGGAAACUCAAAACCAGGAAUGAUGUUUGUUUAGCAGAAAGCUAUUUCUCUCUGGAUAAUUUAUUAUUUAUACCCCUCCCAUCUGGCUGGGUUCCCCAGCCCCUCUGAGCAGCUCCCAACAGAAUAUUAAAAACACAAUAAAACAGCAAAUAUUAAAAACUUCCCAAAACAGGGCUGCCUUCAGAUGUCUUCUAAAAAAGUCAGAUCGUUGUUUAUUUCCUUGACAUCUGAUGGGAGGGCAUUCAAGGUGGGCGCCACUACCGAAAAGGCCCUCUGCCUGAUUCCCUGUAACCUCACUUCUCGCAGGGAGGGAACCACCAGAAGGCCCUCGGAGCUGGACCUCAGUGUCCAAGCUAGACAAUCGGGGUGGAGACACUCCUUCAGGUGUAAUAAUAAUUUAUUAUUUCUACUCGGCCCAUCUGGCUGGGUUUCCCGUCUCAGCUGAGCUGAGGACAUUUAGGGCUUUAAAGGUCAGCAUCAACACUUUGAAUUGUGCUCAGAAACGUACUGGGAGCCAAUGCAGGUCUUUCAGGACUGAUGUUAUACUGUCUUGGCGGCCGCUCCCAGUCACCAGUCUAGCUGCCGCAUUCUGGAUUAAUUGCAGUUUCUGGGUCACCUUCAAAGGUAGCCCCACAUAGAGUGCACUGCAGUAGUCCAAGCGGGAGAUAACCAGAGCUCUGGCGAGACAGUCUGUGGGCAGCUGGGUCUCAGCCUGCGUACCAGGUGGAGCUGGUAGACAGCUGCCCUGGACACAGAAUUAACCUGCGCCUCCAUGGACAGCUGUGAGUCCAAAAUGACUCCCAGGCUGCGCACCUGAUCCUUCAGGGGCACAGUUACCCCAUUCAGUGUUGCCUUGUAUGAUCUAAUGUUAUAAGGAAUUAAUGGAAGUUUCUAUGGCUUUUUUGUAUUUGCAGAGCAUUGAAUGGCCUAUAAAAUUCCCAGAAGCUUUUGUGAGAAUGGGGCUUGCCCGCCCAAAGGGCAUCCUUUUGUACGGACCGUCAGGUUGCGCCAAAACUACGCUUGUAAAAGCAGCAGCCACAAGCUGUCACUGUUCCUUUCUGUCUGUGAGCGGUGCCGACCUUUUCUCGCCUUACGUUGGAGAUUCGGAGAAGAUUUUGUCUCAGGUUUGUUUUUUAUUUUCCUCGUAAUCUACAGUCCUUGGGUGAAAAUAGACCACAUUAAAUAAAGAUCAGGUUCAGACCUAGCCAUCCUGCUUUAGUAACCCAUAGCUAGAUUCUAGUUUUAUAUUGUGGCUGAUAGACUGAGAUUAAACUUUGGUUUCCUGGUUUGGGUACAAGAAGAAAUCGUGGUUUCAGAAAUGAUUUAAGUUUUCUGUUACAGUGUGCUAGAGAAGGCAGGAAAGAGUGCGCAGGCACAGAACUCAUUUUAUUAUGCCGACUUUAUUGCAUCUGAGGUGACAGUAUGUCCACAGAAUAAGAUAAUUUAAGAAAACAGUUAAACAGAAAAACCAGGGAGAGGGCCUUCUCGGUAGUGGCGCCCACCAUGUGGAACGCCCUCCCAUCAGAUUUCAAGGAAAUAAACAACUGUCUGAAUUUUAGAAGAUACCUGAAGGCAGCCCUGUUUAGGGAAGUUUUAAAUGUUUUAUCUUUUAUCACUAGUAAUAAUAAUAAUAAUAAUAAUAUUCUGUUGGGAGCCGCCCAGAGUGACUUGGGAAACCCAGCUGGAUGGGUGGGGUAUAUAUAAUAUAUUAUCAUUAUUAUUACGUCCACACUUUCAUUAUUAAGGGCUACCGUCUCACUCUGUAUACAUCGUAACUUCAGACAAGCCAUGCUAAUUGAAGUACCUUUCAACUUGAUGCUAAAUUUUUGGAUUGAGCCUUUUUCACAGAUUUCCAUUUAUCUCUCGGUGUGGCAGGGCUGACUUUUUAUGCCUUUAAUCACCUUCCAAACAACCACCUCAAGGCGAUUUGCACGUAAGAGAAUUAAAAACAGUUGAACAUAAACAGAUAAACACAUUAGCAGGAUUGCUGUAAUAACCUGCAGUCUUAUAAGAGUAUAUAUUUACAGUAGGUAAUUAAAUGAGCAAGUCAAAUGAAUUUGGAUAUGCAGAAGAUAUUAAAAAAUAAAUUUAAGGAACCGCAGAAAGAGGGGGAAGGAAGUCGAAUUUUGAAACCUGAAAUUGAUUGUAAAACUAAUGAAAUGUAUAAAUUUGUAAAGAAUAAAUAAAAAGCUAAGUAAAUAAAUAAAACCAUAACAAAAUAGACACUCAUGGUAAAUACCUAUUUAUCCAGCAGGUAAAGCCUGUCAGAAAUAUAAAUUCUUCAGUUGUUUUGUGAAAGUGCAGAUUGUGGUUGCCUGUCGAAGGUCAACAGAAACACAGAACAGAGACAGCCACACCAAAAGCACUGCUUUGAGUUACUGCAGAGCAAGCUUCUGAGAUCUUUAUAUCAUGCAAAAGAAGCUCUCCUACAAAUCAGAGUGAUCUGCUGGGUCUGUAGUUGGCUUCAGCAAGUAUAGUGCUAUCUUGGUUCUCAAACUUAAUCCGUUCUGGAAGUCCGUUCCGAAACCAAAGCGUUCCAAAACCAAAGCACACUUUCCCAUAGAAUGUAAUGCAAAAUGGAUUAAUCCGUUCCUGACUAAAACAGAAAUUUAACAUGAAUUUUACUAUCUAACAAGACCAUUGAGCCAUAAAACGAAAGCAAUAAACAAUGUACUGCAGUCACACAAUCAAUCAGUAGCUGAACUGGGUUCCACAGUGUCACGAAAAUAAAACAAAAAAAGCCGCAAAAACGCAAAAUAAAUAGCAAAAACAGACAGACACUCAAAACGGAAGCGUGGCACUCAAAUCGGAAGCGUAACACUCAAAACAGAGCACGUUUGGAUUCCGAAAAAAGUUUGCAAACUGGAACACUUCCGGGUUUGCAGUCUUUGGGUUCCCAGUAGUUUGAGUACCAAGGCAUUUGAGAACCAAAGUACCCCUGUGCAAAGAAGAAUUUACACUUCAUUUGAACAUAGGGAAAAAAUUCAUGUCUUCCCCAUUUGACUUAAAUUAUGCAUUCUGCACAGAUAUAUGAUUUCUACCUAUCUCCCCCACCCACCGCUUAAUUUUACUUAUUCAAGGUAUUUCGUCAAGCAAGAGCCAAUGCGCCUGCAAUUGUAUUCCUUGAUGAGAUCGACUCUAUCCUGGGAUCUCGGUCAGUCAGUAAAACAGGGCGUGGCGUCCAGGAGAGAGUUCUUUCUGUCCUCCUUAAUGAAUUGGAUGGCGUUGGGCUGAAGUUAACGGAGAGGAGAGGAAAUAAAGCCGAGCUGGAAAAUGACAGUCGAGAACAAACAGAAAAUGAUAGAGAGGUAUCUAAUUCUCAUGUUUUUCAUCCUUUUGCUUUUGUAGAUGAGCUCAUUUCUAUCUGCUGAAUCUGUUAUGGCAUAAACGCAGAAAGCUAGGUUGCAACAACAGACACAGGCCCCUUAUGCACUGUAGAAUUAAAGCAGUAUCAUGCCACUUUAAACAGUCAUGGCUUCCUGCAAGGAAUUCUGGGAACUGUAGUUUGUUAAGGGUCCUGAGAGUUGUUAAAGUUAAAGGGACCCCUGACCAUUAGGUCCAGCCAUGGCAAACUCUGGGGUUGCGGCGCUCAUCUCACUUUAUUGGCCGAGGGAGCCAGUGUACAGCUUUCGGGUCAUGUGGCCAGCAUGACUAAGCUGCUUCUGGCGAACCAGAGCAGCGCACGGAAACGCCGUUUACCUUCCCGCCGGAGCGGUACCUAUUUAUCUACUUGCACUUUGACGUGCUUUCGAACUGCUAGGUUGGCAGGAGCAGGGACAGAGCAACGGGAACUCACCCCGUCGCGGGGAUUUGAACUGCCGACCUUCUGAUCGGCAAGUCCUAGGCUCUGUGGUUCAACCCACAGCACCACCCGCGUCCACCUGAGAGUUGUUAGGAGACGCUUACCGUAUUUUUUGCACCAUAACACUCACUUUUUUCCUCCUAGAAAGUAAGGGGAAAUGUCUGUGCGUUUUAUGGAGCGAAUGCCUGCGGGUGGCGGGGGGGAUCUGCUGCAGUCGUGAGCAGAGGAUCCAUGGUUCCCCUUCCUUCCUUCCUCCAUGGUUACAAAGCAUGGAUCCACAUGGAUCCUCAGGAUUUUUGCAUUGGGCUACUCCAAACUCACUGUCAGAUCACAUGUCUGUGGCCACAGCAUGAACUACAAUAAUCAUAUAUCCACUAUUUUGUUUAGAAUAUUUUUUUUCUUGUUUUCCUCCUCUAAAAACUACGUGCGUGUUAUGGUCUGGUGCGUGUUAUAGAGCGAAAAAUACGGUAAUCCUCUCACAGAGAUUCCAUUCCCAGAGUGGUUUAAUAAUCAGUCCAUUUCCCCAGUGAACACCGUCAGUAGUAAGUUCUUAAGUCCAUAAUAAUAAUAAUAAUAAUUAUUAUUAUUAUUAUUUAUACCCCACCCAUCUAUUAAAUCAUUUUGAAAAUCGUUUUGUUCGGUUUUCUGCACAGUUAUCCUUGAAUGCAUUUUCCCUUAAAUUGAUAAAUACCACCACUGGCAAUGUUAGAUAUAAACAGAUAAAUAGAAGGAAGCAUGGAGAAAAUACUGCAGAUGGGUUUCUUUGAAACCUUUUCCAUAAGUUUGCUUACUUUGCAUUUUAUGUCUACAAAGGUUGUAAUGGGUAUAAGCUACAUACAACAUUGAUUAUCUCAGAUUGGGCUUUAAUUCUGAUAAAUCCUGAAUAAAGAACUAGUUGGCUUUCUUGUAAUACUGCGUAACAGGGAUGGGAAACUUAUAGCUAGUCCCAGCCAUCUUGGCCAGCUGUCAAGGGCAAUGGGAGUUGUAGUUCAACAUCAUAAGGCCACAGGAUUUCCAUCUAUGCCUCAUAGUUCUAUAACCCUGGACAAUCCCGUACAUGAAAAGAGUUAGUGAAACUUUUUGUUACCAUGAGUACAGUCUCUUUUUUUACGAAUAAUAUUUAUUAAAUUUUCCAUUUUAACAAUCCAAUAAAAGGCACAUUAAAAACAUUCCAAAUUGUAAUGCAAUCUAACAGUUCAAAUUUUAUGCGAAAUUAUAAAUCUCCAACAGUACAAUCUUAUGUAUGUCUGCACCAGGCUUCCUCAACCUCGUCCCUUCAGAUGUUUUGAGACUACAAUUCCCAUCAUACCUGACCACUGGUCCUGCUAGCUAGGGAUCAUGGGAGUUGUAGGCCCAAAACAUCUGGAGGGCCGAGGUUGAGGAAGCCUGGUCUACUCUGAAGUAUGUUCCAUUGAGUUCAGUGAGGCUUAUUCCUAGUAUUUAUUCAUAGGAUUGCAGCCUAAUUCUUUUCUUAGUUGACUUGUUGUCUAAAACAAGUAUAUGGGGUAAUUUAAAGCCACCUUUAAUUUUGGGUGAAUAAGCAGGAUAUACAGUUAAUGUGAAUUAAACGUUUUUCCCCCAAUAAUGAAUUGGGGAGGGGGAUGUUUAAAAGACCCAGAAUCCUUCCUGUUAGGGAUAAUUCAGCCUGAAAUUUCCAGGUGUCAAAAAAGGUUAUUUAUAUAUGCCACUACUGUGGCCUGUGUUUUGCUAGCGCAAAAAUGUAAAAUGAGCGAGGUCCUAACCAAAGAAGAAUGGCAACUUAAGUUGGCAGAAUAUGCACAACUUGCAGACUUAACAUACAGAAUAAGAGAACAAGAAGAACAUACGUUUAAGGAAGAUUGGAAAACGUUUAUUGAAUAUAUGGGAAAUGAUUGUGUUCAGCUGAAAAUGCUGGCAGCGUUAAGAUAAAUUCAACAGUCUAAAUAAGUUUUGAUGGAUGCAAUAAUGGAAUACUGAAUGGUAUAGUUUUUCUAAAAUAUGCAGGGAUUUAUGGUAUGUAAAAUGAACCAUGGAAAGAGAAGAAGGGAAGUCAUUGAUACCUUAAGGAGGUAAAAUGAAUAUUUUAAAUUGUAAAACAGAAAAUUUAAUAAAAAUUAGAUAGAUAGAUAGAUAGAUAGACAGACAGACAGACAGACAGACAGACAGAUAAUGUGCAAAUGCUUGUUUUUCAAGCGUUUAAUUUUUGCCAAUUUUCCAGCUGGAAUUUCAGGAGGUUUUCAACAAAGAUGUCGUUGUCGUCGCUGCAACCAACAGACCAGACAUGUUGGACGAUGCCUUGUUGCGUCCUGGACGGUUUGACAAGAUCAUCUAUAUUCCACCUCCAGAUCGGAAGGUAGGGCACAAAUCCAGAGGUGAAUUUUAAACCGCAGAGAUAGGUAAUUACGAGCAUUCCGUUUUUCACAAAGAAAGCUAUAUGAAGCCUGUUGAGAUUUGGAUUUAAACUUCCAGAUAUUUAGCAGGCAAGCCAGUGUUUAGAGCUGCUUUCAUAUUCCAUCCACUUAGAACUCAGCUUCCCAAGUUUGUGCCUUUCUAAGGAUGCAUCUGGGACACGGGUGGCGCUGUGGGUAAAACCUCAGGGCCUAGGACUUGCUGAUCGCAUGGUCGGCGGUUCGAAUCCCUGCGGCGGGGUGAGCUCCCGUCGUUCGGUCCUAGCUCCUGCCCACCUAGCAGUUCGAAAACACCCUUAAGUGCAAGUAGAUAAAUAGGGACUGCUUACUAGCGGGAAGGUAAACGGCGUUUCCGUGUGCUGCGCUGGUGCUGGCUCGCCAGCUGCAGCUUCGUCACGCUGGCCACGUGACCCGGAAGUGUCUUUGGAUGGCGCCGGCUCACGGCCUCUUGAGCGAGAUGAGCACGCAACCCUAGAGUCGGACACGACUGGCCCGUGUGGGCAGGGGUACCUUUACCUUUACCUUUAAGGAGGCAUCUGCCUUUUGUGACACACAAAAGCAGGCUGCAGUUAGCAUGCUACUUUGUAAAACAAAAACAACAAACACACAAUUAAGUGGUGCAUAAAUUUUGUGAAAUAAAUAAUAAAAUAGUAGCUGUGAGUUCCCAGUUUGACAGCCCUUUGCAAACCAUAGUUUGUAAGUUGACCUAGGUUUAGAUAUAAUGCCAGUCCAUGGUUCGGUGCCAUGUCUGAACUCAACAGUGUAUAUCAUAAUUGUUCUUUUUUUUAAAAGAACACAUGUGUUAAACCUAUUUCAGAGUAGACUGUGGACUUGUACUUUAAUGCUGCAGAACACUGGCUUUCAAACUGUGUUCCAGGGAGGUCUGGGAUUCCUUAGAAACUUUUCAGAGGUUUCAUGGUGAAAAGAUCAAUAACAGAGAAUAAAUGUCCCUUAUAGGUAGUUUGUUUGCCAUUGCUCUUUUUGCCCAGCAGUGUGCCAUUAUAAGGGAAUUUGGGAAGCUGUCUAAAAUGGGCAAAUAGUUUUAUCAGCUUUGGAAGGGUGUAUUUAUUUUAUGCCGUUCCUGAAAUCUGAUGUGUAGUGAUCCAUUAAGGAAAACAUCAUUCUGCUCUCAGCUAGCCUCCCCAACCGUCUGCCUUCUUUCUUACAAAUAUGUAACUCUGACCCUUUCUUUUCUGUUUCACAUUAGGGAAAGUUUUCUAUUUUGAAAAUCUGCACUGAAAAAAUUCCGGUUGAUCCUGAUGUUUCUCUAGAGGAUAUAGCAGCUCGUGCUAAUCUGUUCUCUGGAGCUGACCUUGAAAACCUUUGCAAGGAGGUAAGGCUUUUAAUUUUCCUAAUUAGUCCUAAUUAGUCUUGGGAGAGUUUUCUGAAAUGUUCUAAUUUUUGCUAAUUAAGGGGGAAAGGCUUCACGUAAGCUUGAGAGAGAAGUAAAAUCUCAACUUGAAGUGAAGUUUGUGUUUGUAAGGAAGAGACAAAAUCUAGCAUUGCAAAUAAUUACAUGCUAUUUGAUUGUUUUUGCCUUGGAAGAUCUCAACUGGGAAAUGCAAAUGGCUUCUUAAUUUAAUUUAGUAUCUGGUACAAAUUAAGAAUACAGUAUGUCAGCAAACUCAAAAGAGGCAGAUAUAGUGGUGAGAUCCCACUGCAUUGUAUUUGGAGUAGACCCAUUGUGUUGGACUUGUCUACAUUUUGAUUGUGUUCUUCCACCAAGAACUUCAGUGUACCUCAUGGGUCUCCUUCCCCAACGCACACUUUAUUCUCACAACAAACUUGUGGAGGUUGGGCAGUUUUGGCAUUUCAUGGCAUUGUGAAUAGCAUGAGGGUCACUGCUUUCCAUGAGGACAUACACUGGCAAUGUAUAUUGAAAUGGCUCCCAGAUCGUGCUAGUGUUCCAUUCCUAAUCUAAGAAGAUUUUACAGGAUCAUGUCAAUGGUCGUUACAGCCCCUGAUGGUAAGAUUACAUAGGUCAGGAGUGGGUAAAUGGAUUCCCCACUUUGCCACCUAUCUUACUGACAUCAGGCGACCAAUUUUCCCUUCACAGCAUGGCAAAAAAUAAAGUCAAGCAAGGCCUGGAGUUACCACCUAACCGGAGGGAUAUUCCCUCAGGCAAAUAGGUCACACUGCCAAUCCAGCAGGCUUGGAGUCAUCCCCUAUCGGCUGAUAGGCAGUAAUUUCAAACCUUCUGGACUUCUCCAUGUCCUGCUUUGGACAGAGGUCAUCUGCACUACUGAGUUCCCUGUGAACUCAGUAUCCUGCCUGAUCCCAGCAGGCUUGCUGUGACCGCCACUCCGCUGAUCCGCAGGGAAGGAAAGACUCCUUUGCCAAUGCACAUUCAGAAGCACAUUUUAAGGCUCCCAAUUGUGCAUUGGCAACGGUAGGCCUGUCUCUCCCAUGUCUGAUUUCACCCAUGGCAUCAGGUGCAGGGCAGGUGGGUGUGGUUUGGGGAAAACAGCCUCAUGGGCCAAAUCGAAACCCUAAGUAGGUCCAUGAGCUGCGGUAACUGUGCCCCUGAAGGACCAGGUAUGCAGCCUGGGAGUCAUUUUGGACUCACAGCUGUCCAUGGAGGCACAGGUCAAUUCUGUGUCCAGGGCAGCUGUCUACCAGCUCCAUCUGGUAUGCAGGCUGAGACCCUACCUGCCCGCAGACUGUCUUGCCAGAGUGGUGCAUGCUCUGGUUAUCUCCCACUUGGACUACUGCAAUGCGCUCUACGUGCAGCUACCUUUGAAGGUGACCCGGAAACUACAACUAAUCCAGAAUGCGGCAGCUAGACUGGUGACUGGGAGCGGCCGCCGGGACCUUAUAACACCAGUCCUGAAAGACCUACAUUGGCACCCAGUACGUUUCCGAGCACAAUUCAAAGUGUUGGUGCUGACCUUUAAAGCCCUAAACAGCCUCGGCCCAGUAUAACUGAAGGAGCGUCUCCACCCCCAUCAUUCAGCCCGGACGCUGAGGUCCAGCUCCGAGGGCCUUCUGGCGGUUUCUCACUGUGAGAAGUGAGGUUGCAGGGAACCAGGCAGAGGGCCUUCUCGGUAGUGGCGCCCGCCCUGUGGAACUCCCUCCCAUCAGAUGUCAAGGAAAUAAACAACUAUCUGACUUUUAGAAGACAUCUGAAGGCAGCCCUGUUUCGGGAAGUUUUUAAAGUUUGAUGUUUUAUUGUGUUUUUAAUAUUCUGUUGGGAACAGCCCAGAGUGCCAGGGGUAUAAAUAUAUUAUUAUUAUUAUUAUUAUUAUUAUUAUUAACCGCAGGUUUGUCUCUCCCUGAUUUCACCCAUGGCAUCAGGUGCAUGGGAGGUGUGUCUGGUUUGGGGAAAACAGCUUUGUAGGCCAAAUUGAAACCCUAAGUCGGUCCAUGAGCUGGAGGUAUCCCACACCUGGAGUAGAAAUAAUGGAUGGUAGUCAGUUAAGUUUUAUGCUCAGAGUCGGCGUAUGGAAAUGAUUGGCCUUUACUUAAUUCUGUUCAUUAACUAAGCUUCGUUCAUGUCGGUUUCUCCUCCUCUACCCCUUAGGCUGCUUUAUUGGCAUUGCAAGAGAACAAAGUUGAAGCAACACCUGUGAAGCAGAAACAUUUUGAAAAAUCCUUGGAGAUCGUCAAACCGUCACUAACCAACGAAGAGCUGGAAUUUUAUGAAAAAAUGUUUAGAAAUCGAGAAUGAUUCUGGAGAAAACAGUAGGGGCUUAUUAUCCACAUUGACAUAGGCAACAACUCUUGGCGAUGAAUUCAACACAUAUGUAAAGAGAACAGAGGGGAUAUGGUUGUUUAUUCAUUUAUUUAGAGUGUAAAUUUCUCCAUCGCCUCUUCAAACUUUUUCAAGGCAGCUCAUAUACAUCACAGAGGUUUCUCUUGGGAUUACAGUGAAAUUUAGAUCCUAUGGAUAGAAGUCCCUACCAGAGAAGAUUGGCUGAUAAAGAUGAUGGACUAUGCCGAAAUGGCGAAAAUGACCGGGAGAAUUAGAAACCAAGAAGACAAAAGCUUUAAUACAGAAUGGGGGAAAUGUAUAAGCCUACUUAGGAGAACACUGCAAAGAAUUAAAAACCUUGGCCGGAUUGGAAAAACACUUGUGAUUUAGUAAGAACUAGGGUAUAAUGAAGUCCGACUCACGAAGAGUCGGACAUGACUAAACGACUAAACAACAACAACAAAGGGUAUAAUGAGGAUGUUAAGGGAAAAUGGAGGAUAAUAUGAGAUGCAGGGCAAAACAGAUUAAUAAUGGAACCCAUGGAGGGAAGUUCAAGAUUUCAGGGAAUCGUAUAUACUUAACAUUUACAUACACAUUCAAGUCAUAAUCUUAAUUGUGAAACUGAAUUAAAAAAAAUAAUUAGAUCCUAUUCUGUGGGGAGAGGUUUCUUGGUGACAUUAUGGACAGCAGCUGAGCAAACUGGCGGGACCAGUUUCCUCUUGUGCAUAUAAAGAAAAUGCUGUGAGUAUAUUUUCAGAGUGGUCCCAAGAUUGUGUGUUUUUUAAUGUGCCUACCAUUUGCCUAUUCGAUCAGCUUUUCCAGUUCCAAUAAAGACUGUAGCCAUGGAGCUUAGCUUAACGCUGAAUGACUUAACGCUGAGUGGUGCCCAGAAUUUGAAGUGCUGUCAAACUGCUCUGGAAUAUUUACCACAGUGCUGUUAAAUUCUUCAUAUUUAUAAAAUGAAAAAUUCUUCCAAGAGUCAAUUACAGUCACAUUUCUGCUCUUUUUUUACAUAAAUAAUUUAAUCAUCUCAUAAUAAGGUAAAAUGUGUUUUUAUAACUGAAUAUAGCUGAUUUGUAUCGUAAUAUUCAAUAAAGGUAUUCAGUUUUGUAAUGAAGUGUGGAUAUUUCCUUUUUUCAUUCUUUCAUUGCGUAUUGGCUUUGCCACUCUGAUACGGUCCCCUAUCUUAAACCAUUAAUUAGCCUGUCCCAGCAAAGGAAGAACGGAUACGAAACUUACGGAAUAUGCAGAAAUGGUGAAACUCACUGGA